GUGCAGCAAUGCUGUCACGUGACGCUGAGAAAAGGAAUGCCAACAUGGACCCGUGGCAAGGACAGGAUGUGAGUAUGCUACGACCAUAACACGACGGAGGAAAAAAGAAAACUGGAAAAUACAAGAAGCCAUCGACGGCGCCGCGCUUCUUCACCGAGCCGCCCCCGAACUACACACGGUUUUUUUUUUUGGAUCCCACUUCUGGGUUGCGUUUCCUCAACAGCCUCUCGUCUGGUUUGUCCCGGAUCAAUGGUGUCUCUCAGCAGCAGAACGCUGAGUGGGGAGAAUGACCUGUUCAGAGACAGCAGCAGCCUGUUCUCCCUCGGCCUGGGGGACGGAGCCCGCAGCGAGGGGGGCAGUCCUGCCUCCUGCGACAGCCCCGACGCUGGGGAGCUGCGGGCUAAGCACAGCUCCAGCCUUGGAGAGGAGGAGGAGGAUGAGGAGGAUGACGAAGAUGAGGACGAGAGGGGGAGUCUUCAUAUCUUUCUCGGAGCCGAGGGAGAAGAGGAACCCGCGAGUCAGGAGCCUACGUUGCCAGAGUUCCCUUUCCAUCCCUCGUCUCCGUUCUCCCCAACCCUGGAGGACAUAGAUGAGUUCCUAAGGGAAAAGAUGGAACUGGUCAAAGAGGGGCUCCUGGCCCCAAAAGAGGAGGCCUUCCCUCUACCCUGCAGUGACUCUCCUUCCUCCGCUGCACCCCAGGCUGCUUCCUUAGAGACCUGCAGUGACCAAGGGACUCGUGCCUCUCGUUGCCCUCUAAGCCCAAACAUCCCUCAGAACGAGCAAAACAGCCCCGGCCCAGCGGACCAUUCCCCUUCUGCACAAGUUAACCCCUCACCUUCCAGCGUAACCCCGCCAGUGCUCCUGCGCCCUCCGCUGGUUCUCCAGCUCCAGCCCGUGCCUCUGGCCCAGCCUCCGACUCCAGCGGGCUCUCCUCCCGGGGCCCAAAGUGGCAUUUGGCUCACUCAUCUGGUCAUGGGGCUCCAGGGUGCAACAGGACAGAAUCUCACUCUGCUGGCCCCACAGGUGCCCUCCACCGCUACCACCUUGUUAUCACUAAACAGUGGAGACACCAAGACAGCUGACCAGAAGUAUGUGAAGAUCGCUCCUCUGCCCAUCACCAUGAGGACUCUAGAAAUCACGGGCGUGACCGGGGUCGGAGGCCCGGGCAACGGCCUGUUGAAGGCCGUGGCCCCCCGGCUAUCCAGACUGCCGCCCACAGAGAGGGUCCAUAAGUGCUCCCACCCGGGCUGCGGGAAGAUGUACACCAAAAGCAGCCAUCUGAAAGCUCACUUCCGCCGGCAUACGGGAGAGAAACCCUACACAUGUAGCUGGCCUGACUGUGGCUGGAGGUUCUCCCGCUCAGACGAACUGUCCCGUCACCGCCGCUCUCACUCCGGCAUCAAGCCGUACGAGUGCUCUCUGUGCGAGAAGAAGUUCGCCCGCAGCGACCACUUAUCCAAACACACGAAGGUCCACCGCAGCUCCAGGCCCAGCAGGAUUAUCAAAGGCACUGUGUGACACCUUCAGCUGGCCUAGACCCUGCCCUGCCCCGAUCUGGCCUGGCCUGGCCUGGCCUGGCCUGGCUUUGGGUCUCCCUCAGGACUUUUGGUGCUUCACAAGCAGAACUUUCAGAAGAAUCGAGAGUGCUGGCUGCUGUUCUCCCCUCCUAUUUUCCUUCCUUCCCCUCUGCUGUUGUCUUUCCCUGUUCUUUCUGUUCUCAUGCUGAGCAGCCACCUCAG